GUAUUCAGACAUCACUUUCUUAUUCCACUUCUGUCCCUCCGCUCCUCACGCUCCUCUCUCAAAAAAAAAAAAAAAAAAAAAAACACUUUCCAGUUCAUCUUUAGAUCUGGACCAACCAACAACUGAUGAUUCUUAACCUGUUCUUUUAAUGGACAACACUAAAAACUUGUUUCUUCUAAGAAUCAGGGUCCAAAGAGCGUUUAUUCACUGUUCAACCGUUGAAAAUAACUGAUAAGUGAUAACUAAGAACCCAAUUUUUUCUUUUCCUUCUGAAAAUUUUCCUCUCAGUUUUUGACUUUAAGCCGAAAGUCCAUGCCUUCAUAAUUAUUACACCACCAUUUUUCCAGCUUUAGCUUUAUAGUUGAAUUUUUUUUCUUAUUUUUAGUCUAUAUUUCUAUUAUUACAAGCUUUCUUGAUUUUGUGCCUGGCGCCAACCUUGAAGCUGCUUGAAAUGGUUAAGCUAGCUUUUUUUGGUUGUUUUUGACAAGGAAAGUUGAUUUUUAGAUAUUCUUCUAUAACUAAAAAUAGAUAUUUAGCUGGUUCAAGUUCUUUUUUUUUUUUUUUUGUGUUUCUGCCAAUUGUUUAUUUUUCCUGAGAAUCUCUUUGGCUGUAGGUGUUGUAUUAAGGCAAAAAAGUGUUCUUUUUAUGCCAAUAACUGCAUUUUUUCCGCGAAAGGGUCUGCUGUUUUCACUUUGAUUAUUUGGAAAAAUGUUCAUUUCCACUGAAACAGAGCAGAUCCCAUUGUCUUCAAAUGAUGUUAAAGAGCCUUUGACGUCUUCCCCAGUGGGAUCAAAUCCUGAUUCCUUUAAUGGGUUGCCCCCAGUUCCUGAUUUGCCUGAUUCCCCACCAGUUUCUACCAUUUUCUGUGAUGUCAAUGUUGUCCCUGAGCAAGAAAAGAGCGAGCUUGAGAAAUCCAUAAAAAAAUUAGAAGGAGAAAUUGCUGAAUUGAGGUUAAAGCAAAGGUCACUGGAUGAGAAAAGAAGAGAAGCAUUGAAUAAAAUAUUGGACAUCAAAGGCACCAUUAGAGUAUUUUGUAGAGUUAGACCUUUCCUUUGGACAGACAAGAUAAGAGACCAGGAACCAGUUUCUAUUGGACUCGAUAGGAUUGUGGUUAGAUCAUCUGGAAGUCGGAAAGAGUUUGGAUUUGAUAAGGUGUUUCAUCAAGAAGCUAAUCAAGAAGAUGUUUUUGUUGAGGUUGAGCCAAUCCUCAGAUCUGCACUUGACGGGCACAAUGUAUGCAUUUUUGCCUAUGGUCAAACUGGCACUGGCAAGACAUUUACAAUGGAUGGCACAACAGUCGAGCCAGGAAUCGUUCCUCAAGCUUUAGAAGAGAUUUUUCAUCAAGUCUCUUUGGACAACUCAUCUUCUUUUACUUUUUCAAUGAGCAUGUUGGAGGUUUAUAUGGGUAAUUUGAGAGAUCUACUAGCUUCAAAGCCUGCAAUAAGAGCAAACGAAACUGUGGCAAGAUGUAAUCUAAACAUUCAAACCGAUCCAAAGGGGUUAGUAGAAAUUGAGGGUCUGACAGAAGUUGACAUACCUGAUUUUGCAAAAGCCAGAUGGUGGUACACAAAAGGCAAGAGGUUUCGGCAUACUUCAUGGACAAAUGUGAAUGAGGCAUCUAGCAGGUCACACUGCUUAACAAGGAUCAUCAUUUGUCGACGUGGGGAUACUCGGGAAGCUAGACCAAAAGUAAGCAAACUGUGGAUGGUUGAUCUCGGAGGGAGUGAGCGGUUGUUAAAAACUGGAGCCACUGGACAAACCCUGGAUGAGGGAAGGGCUAUAAAUCUUUCCCUUUCUGCUUUAGGUGAUGUCAUUGCAGGUCUAAGAAGGAAGAGGGGCCAUGUGCCUUACAGAAAUAGCAAGUUAACUCAAAUCCUCAAAGAUUCCUUAGGUGUUGGUUCCAAAGUGUUGAUGCUUGUGCACAUAAGCCCGAGUCAAGAAGACGUUGCAGAAACAAUCUGUUCUUUGAGCUUUGCAAAGAGGGCCAGAGCAGUGGAAUCUAGUAGAGAAUUACCAGAGGACUUGAAGAAGCAAAGAGAAAACAAGAUAUCAGAGCUUGAGGAGAACAUGAGAGAAGCUGAAGAAGAAUGUCAGAAAAUUACAAAUCAAGUAAGGAAGGCUGAGUUCCUAUUAAAUGAAAACAAAAAAUUUUACUCAACUGCUUAUGGGAUUCCUGAUGAGAAUGAGGAAAAGAAUCCUGAAACUCCCAAAGAAGAUGUCAAAGAUCAUGUCAUUGGAUCACCUAGAAUCACUCAGAAAGCAAUUAAACAAAAUAUUCAUCGUUCUCUCCCUCGGUUCAUGGCUUCUACUGUGGCUAGUCGAGAAAGGCAAUGUGUUGCUGAAAGAGAAAUUGUCAAAAGGGCAACAAGCUUGAGAUCAGGAGCCAAAAGUUCAGUGCAGUUCUCAGGUGCUCAAUCCCUUAGCUUUUCAGACCCUCGUUUUAGAGCCUUUUUACGACACUCAAAUAAGAGUUCCCGAUUCAAAGACACAAAUGCUCCAGCCACUGAGAGUCCAAAAUGCAGUGACAUAGCCUUGAAGACAACCUCCUUGCCAAGAACCAAGAUGGUCACUUCAUCUGAUCCAAACAUGAGAGUUAAACUUGGUCAUCACAGAAGAAGGAUGUCUGAUUUUGUCUAACAAUAAAGAACAACUCUUUUGAUAACCUUUUACAGCAUAUAUGUCAAAAAUGAAAUGUAUAAGGUGUUCAUUUUCUUUUUUGCUGAGUCAUUUUCAAUGUCGUUUUUCUUUUCCUGUUUCUAUUGAGUGAUCUGUGCUUGUGCCAUCAUAUAUUUUUGUAUUGUGGGUGGUUUGCAGGCUUGUGUGGGAUCUGUUAACAUAACACUUGUUCACAAGAUCCCUGUAUUGAAAUGGUUUUUUUAGGUUUGAUAUAUGUACUGUUAACUAUUCAUUAACAUGAUUCUUGUAACCCAAAUGAUGUUUAUAUAUCAAAGAGCUAGCCUAGAUUCCUGCCUUGUACCAUCUGCAAUAGAAACUCUUUUUUACUUACUUUUUCCCUGAUAAAUUUUCCAAUGGCUUGCUUCA